CUCGGUUGUAUGGGGUCGAAAUGGUUCUCUACUGGAUACUUCUGGACGUGAUAAACGCGUUUGGGUUUUAAGCUCGCUGUUGGAGUUGGAGUAUGAUUCACCGACAGGUCAUUCUGUCUCAGUAACUCCCUGACCAUCUCCUCAGGAUUUGAUGUGCUUUGAGUUGGCGAAUCAUAAUGCUGCUACACCUGUGUAGUGUAAAGAACCUGUACCAGAGCAGGUUCUUGGGCCUGGCGGCGAUGACCUCGCCAUCUAGGAGCUCCCAGAACCGGCGCUGGUGCAAGGAUGGGAUGCGAUUCAGCUGUGUUCACCCCAACAACCCCAGCGAUGCUCUGGCUCUGCCCCGGUCUACUAGCGAUACGGAUCUGGUGUCCUUUCAAAGCCGUUCCACCCUUACAGUCAGCACUUCCCUCUACUGCAUUGGCCAAUCAGACGACAUUGUCAUCUGCUGGGACAUCAAAGAGGAAGUGGAUGCUGGUGACUGGAUUGGCAUGUACCUUAUUGAUGAGGUUCUGUCUGAAAACUUUCUUGACUAUAAGAGUCGUGGUGUGAGUGGCUCCCACAAAGGGCAGAUCGUGUGGAAGAUCGAUGCCAGCUUGUACUUUAUGGAGGCUGAGACGAAGGUUUGUUUCAAAUAUUACCAUGGAUUGACCGGAGCGCUUAGAGCCACUACACCCAGCGUGACAGUGCGGAACCCCUCUGCCUCUGCAUUGAAACCUGUCAUCCAUCAGGAUGUUUCUCAGACUUUGGGCAGCAGGAGGCUCAUCAGCUUCUCUCUGUCAGACAUUCAGGCAGUGGGUCUAAAGAAGGGAAUGUUUUUUAAUCCAGAUCCAUAUCUGAAAAUCGCCAUUCGGCCUGGAAAGCACAGCAUCUUCCCUGCUCUGCCCCACCACGGUCAGGAGAAAAGGUCAGGCAUCAUCUGCAACACAGUGAACCCGGUCUGGAAGAGAGAGCGAUUUAACUUUGUGUCCCUGCCGACGGAUGUGUUGGAGAUUGAGGUGAAAGAUAAAUUCGCCAAGAGCAGACCCAUCAUCAAACGCUUCCUGGGAAAGCUGCUUGUGCCUGUACAGAGGCUGCUGGAAAAACAUGCUAUUGGGGACCGUGUGGUGAGUUACACUUUAGGCCGGCGGCUUCCAACGGAUCAUGUCAGUGGACAGCUGCAGUUUCGGUUUGAUAUAACCUCCUCUAUUCACCCAGAUGAUGAUGAGGUGUCCCUCAAUGCAGUGCCAGUCUAUGAUGUAGUUCCAGACCAGGAGGCUGUUCAAAAGCCCUGCGAAGGCCUACCAGCUGCUGCCGAUCUACCUAUGCAGGAUGCAUUGAGUUUGGGGCCUGGCAUGCUAGAGGUCCCUGCCGAAUGUCCUCCAGAUGUAGAGACCCAGGAUGUUGUGCUGCCUUCCUCCCCUACUGAGCCUAGGAAGGAGACCCAACCAGAUAUAGAAGGAUCAGAGAAUGCAGGAGUAAGUGAUCUUGUAACCGGCCAUGGGGAGGGGAGGAACGCAGAGGCAAUACUUAGUGAUGAUACAACUGAAACUGAACAGCAGGACCCCAAAAAAACAGACGAAGAAUCUGGGGAAAUGCAGGAGGAAACUCUGUGUGAGACUCCAUUGGAGGCUUUUGAAGAUACAGGUGGAGGUGACACGGGACAAGCUGCAGAUUUAGGUACAGAGCAUGUAGACUUUGAGGAGGGCAUGGGCUCUGAGCAAAUGGAAAUGAGGGUAGAAGGAGAUGGGAAUGCAGAAGAACCUUGUUCCCCAAGGAUGCGUAGUACCUUGAAGCGCAAGAGCCGGCCUUGCUCGCUUCCUGUGUCUGAGUUAGAGACAGUCAUCGCCUCAACCUGUGGUGAACCUGAGACACCCCGGUCUCACUACAUCCGCAUUCAUCAUCUACUGCACAGCUUGCCUUCAGCACAGCGCCACCAUGACAGUCAAGAUGAAGAUGAGGUUCCAGAAUCUUCAGAGGAGCUCACUGUCAAACCCAAGGAGGUCAAAGAGGAAGAAGUGGAUGAGGAUGAAGUGUCCGAGGCUCAGUCACCAUCCAUAGUCCCCGAGUGUCCCAAACCGUGUUGCCGUCGAACCCUGCCACGUAGCCUCUCCAUCGAGCAUCUGUCAGAACUCAACCAGCUUCUGGAGGGCGAAAGACCCUCGCCAUCCACCCUACGGCCAGAUAGUGAAGACAGAGGUGGAAGUAGACAGGGUCCUAGCGAGUGCGAACUGUGCGACAAUUCCUGCAACAGCACUUCGUGUUACAGCACGUCCUGUUACAGCACUUCCUGUUAUAGUAACUCGGGUUACGAGGGGCGUAACCAUCUCUGCAGCCAUACGCGCCUUUCUUCGGUAGAUAGCACCCGUUUGUCAGAAAGCACUGUUUUCUCCUCGCAGGAGGAAGAAGAGGAGGAGAACAGUGCUUUUGAGUCCAUCUCAGACUCGAUGCAGAGCCCAGAUGUUAGGGGGCCGGGAAAUGGGUCGGCUCAGUGGAGGGGGUCGUCGUCAGAAAACAGUCCCCUGAGAGAAGACCAGGGCGAGGAAUCACCAGUAGCUGGACCGAGUGUUAGGUCAUCAGGCAGUUGUCAUAUGCAAUGCAGUCAUCAUGCAAUCACUCAGCUUCCUGCUUUGCGGCCUGACCCCCAUCAUUACCCAAGUGUUGAUGAACCAUUACCUCCAAAUUGGGAGGCCAGGAUAGACAGUCAUGGCCGUGUUUUCUAUGUGGACCAUGUGAACCGCACCACCACGUGGCAAAGACCCAGUCAUGCAGCGAAGUGCACAGGCAUCCAGAGAUCCAGCUCCACUCAACAGAUGGAGCAGCUCAACAGGAGGUAUCAGAACAUUCAGAGGACUAUGGCCACAGAUGAUGAAUCAACCACUCAUGGUCAUGAGAGGAACAACAGUGCGGACACAGAGAAUGUAUCCACACCACAGACAGCAGAUCAGAGAACAGAAGGUUCUGCAUCUCCUGUGAAUAAUCAGAACAUCACACUAUUGCUUCAGUGUCCAGCUGUGAAGUUUGUCAGCCACCCAGAAUUCUUCACUGUCCUCCAUGCCAACUAUGGGGCAUAUAGGAUGUUUACCAGCAGCACCUGUCUGAAGCACAUGAUUCUGAAAAUACGACGAGAUGCACGCAACUUUGAGCGAUAUCAACACAACCGCGACCUUGUCACUUUCCUCAACAAAUUUGCGGAUACUCAACUGGAGCUCCCCAGAGGCUGGGAAAUCAAAACAGACCAGCAGGGCAAGUCGUUCUUUGUGGACCAUAACAGUCGUGCAACAACCUUCAUUGACCCCAGAAUUCCCCUUCAGAAUGGCCGGCUGCCUAAUCAUCUCACACACAGACAACACUUACAAAGACUGCGCAGUUAUAGUGCAGGAGAGGCAUCAGAGGUGUCCCGCAACAGAGGAGCAUCACUUGUGAAUAGACCUGGACACAGUCUAGUAGCUGCUGUCAGAAGUCAAUGCCAGCCUGAUUCAGUGCCUCUAGCUUACAAUGACAAGAUUGUGGCUUUCCUCCGUCAACCAAACAUACUGGAUGUGCUGCAGGAACGGCAGCCCGGUCUAGCCAGGAAUCACACACUCAGGGAGAAAAUCCAUUACAUCAGGAGUGAGGGUCUACAAGGUGUUGAAAAGCUGUCUUGUGACGCAGACGUGGUUAUGCUAUUAAGUCUGUUUGAGGAGGAGAUCAUGUCUUUUAUUCCAUCUCACUCCUUCCACCCCGGCCUCAGCUUCUCUCCACGCUGUUCUCCUGGCUCCUCACCACAGAGCUCACCUGGCUUGCAGAGGGCUAGAGCGCCUGCUCCAUACCGCCGAGAUUUUGAAGCGAAACUUCGCAAUUUUUACAGGAAGCUGGAGGCAAAAGGCUAUGGCCAGGGGCCAGGAAAAAUUAAGCUAAUCAUUAGGAGGGAACAUUUACUGGAAGGCACCUUUAAUCAAGUGAUGGCAUACUCACGCAAAGAGCUCCAGAAGAACAAGCUGUACAUCACCUUUGUCGGAGAGGAAGGUUUGGACUACAGUGGCCCAUCGCGGGAGUUCUUCUUCCUGUUGUCUCAAGAGCUGUUUAACCCAUAUUAUGGUUUGUUCGAAUAUUCAGCCAAUGACACAUACACCGUGCAGAUUAGCCCCAUGUCUGCAUUUGUGGAGAAUCAUUUAGAAUGGUUCCGUUUCAGUGGUCGUAUUUUGGGUCUGGCUUUGAUCCACCAGUAUUUGUUGGAUGCUUUCUUCACCCGUCCAUUCUACAAGGCCCUGCUUAGACUAGUGACAGAUCUGAGUGAUUUGGAGUACCUGGAUGAGGAGUUUCAUCAGAGCUUACAGUGGAUGAAGGACAACGAUAUCACUGAUAUACUGGAUCUGACGUUUACAGUCAACGAGGAGGUCUUUGGACAGGUGACAGAGAGGGAACUGAAGUCAGGGGGCUCCAACAUCCAAGUGACAGAGAAGAACAAGAAGGAAUACAUUGAACGCAUGGCCAGAUGGAGGGUGGAGAGGGGGGUGGUACAGCAGACCGAAUCCCUUGUACGAGGUUUCUAUGAGGUUGUAGACUCUCGUCUGGUGUCAGUGUUCGAUGCUCGUGAGCUGGAGCUGGUCAUCGCAGGGACGGCCGAGAUUGAUUUGAAUGACUGGAGAUCCAACACAGAGUACAGAGGAGGUUACCAUGAUGGUCACAUUGUGAUGCGUUGGUUCUGGGGCGCAGUGGAGCGCUUCAAUAAUGAACAGAGGCUGCGACUGCUCCAGUUUGUGACAGGCACGUCUAGCAUCCCCUACGAGGGUUUUGCUGCACUGCGCGGGAGCAACGGCCUGCGCCGCUUCUGCAUUGAAAAGUGGGGAAAGGUCACCUCUUUGCCAAGGGCGCAUACAUGCUUCAACCGUCUGGAUAUGCCUCCCUAUCCAUCAUACACUAUGCUGUAUGAGAAGCUUCUAACUGCUGUGGAAGAGACCAGCACCUUUGGCCUGGAGUGAAAGCAUGCACGACACCUAUAAGACUUGAUAUUUUUAAAUGCAAUUAUGCAAUAGACUUUUUAGAGAUUUUUAAAAUAAAUAUAUCUAACAAAUUGUUUGAUUUGAGAACUGAGACAUUUGAUAUGUUUUUUUUUUUUUUUUUUGUAUUUUUGGUUCAAGAUGACUUGAAAUAGCAUGUUUCUGCACUAAAAUGCAAGAUAUAUUGUAAUAUUCAGUCAUAAUGGAAGUAUUGUGGGAAAACCACAAUGUGUACAAUAGUGAAACAAUAGGCUGGAUCUAGGUUAUCGAACUGACUUCCUGCUAAAAUUCAUCAUCAUUUCUAUUGGUUAGGCAUCAACAUAUCCCCUCUGUGAUUAGCUAUUGCCAUGCUUAUGGGCGCCUAAGGAUCAUUACCACCUUUCACCCCAUUAGCUAUGGCCCUGCUUAUGGAUAUAGUGCUCUCUUAACAUAUGGUCAACUAUGACGUCCAAUACCUGGCCAUAUUCGGAAUGGAAUACUAGCAUACUGAUUACUACAUACUACACAGUAUUUACUUUAUACUACCUACUAUUUUUGUAGUAUGCAAGUAGUAUUUGGAUAAAAGUGUCUGCCAAAUGCAUAAAUGUAAAAUGUAAAUGUAUGCAAAACAGUAUAUAUAAAGUAUAUACAAAGCAAAUUGCAACAAACCUUUCAAACUGUAGUAUGCUACAUUGUCACAUGGUCUUAUUAGGUUGCAUGUUUAAUACUAUUAUCCUGUUAUUUGUAAUAUAAUUUUAUUUAAUAAUGUCUUCACUUUUGGAAGUUCCAUCAAAUAUGAGUAAAAAAAAAAAAAGAAAAAGUAAAAAAUUGCACUUGUGGUUCAUUCACCAUACUGGAAAUAGAAGGUGAAGUCUAGCACAUCUUUAUUAUAACAUAAAAUGACUCCAUGAAGUAUUUUCUGGUUUCUCAUUUUGCCAAAUGUAUUAGGUCAACUAGGAAUUCUACCUUGUGCAGAGUACAGUAUGCAUACUGCAAAAGUACUGUAGUAGUAUGAUAGUAUGCUAAUCCGAACAUAGCUGCUGACACCAAACCUGGUAACUCAUUUAAAAUUUCAUGCUCAUAUCAUUGGCUAUGUUUGCCUCUACAUUAUUCCUGUGUUAAGAAGAGUUUUUUUUGCACACAUACUUUGAAAUAUUCAACCUUUCUGCUCUUUGACAAUGCCUAAUUUAACCAAAGUGGCUGUUAAGACGAUGACCUCAAAAAAACUAAAACCUGUUCAAGAUCUUGUCACCUUACUAAUUUGAUGAGUGCUCAAGCUUUAAGAAGUACACAUGGAAACAGGUAUAAGACGGGUACGCAUGACACAGGUGAUGUAAGCGACUUCACUGUUUAACCAAUUUAGUAACUCAAGUACUAAGCUCAUCAGAUCUGUCUUAUGCCAGAGUCUUUGUGGCCACAUCAAAAAUAACUGUAAUUUUUUUGAACAAUGCUUCUUAAAGGCCAAAUCUUUUUUUAGGGCCCAGGGCUGAGAAUCUGAAAAUGACACAAGGCAAUUGCAUGACUUUGGAUUAAUUUCCAGAAUUCCAGUUGUAAAAUAUCCCUGAGAUAUUUCUCUGAAAUUCUCAGUAUCAUGGGAAGUUGUGGGCAAUUACCACAAAGACGUGUUUUUUUUUUUUUUAUUAAGACCCUAUCUCCACCUUGUGUAUGAUCUCAUAUUAAGAAGCUUUUAAAAAAUGGCUUUUAAUUAUUUAUUUGUAUGAUUCAUUGCCGCACAGCUUCCAUUGCAACAGUCACACAAACAUACUGUAUAGAGAUAAGACUGUAUAACAGGCUCUCACUCAAAGUCAUGAUAACCACUGAUGAUUAUUUGUUAGUAUUGAAUAUAUUUAGUGUUGAUUUUUUCAUGCUUUUAUUUCUGCAUUUUUUAAAUUACAUUCCAACGCUCAACCUAUCUGAUAAUUCUAACCAUAAAAAAGAUAAAUAGUUCAUAAGCGGCCUUUCAGUGAUGUAUGCUAGAAGUGUUAAACCACUAUUAACUGGGCCCUCGCUCAAAUGGUGUGUAUUAUUAUGGUAUGUUGCUAUGAUAUUGUGCUGAGCCAUGGAACGGACCUGUUCGGUGGUAAAAUUGAAUUGGAUCUAUCAAAUGUGUGCUUUGAACAGUUCAGUCUGUGUGAAUCAGACGUAACCUUUCAUUGACAUAAAUUGAGAAAUGACUAUCUGACCAUUUGCUGUUGUACACUGAUCAGCUGAUGUUAUAAUGUAUUUUUUUAAAUCAUUUUUAUUUGUUUGCAGUUUUGUAUUUUAUAUUUUUGGUUUUAUAUAUGAGUUUAAAAAACAAACAUGAAAUUGCAUUUUAAAACCUUUUAUUUGCAAAGAAUAAGGAUCACAUUGUUAAUUCAAAUCAAAUAUGUAAAUAGAAAUAUUCAAGAACACUAAUUACUGUAUGUCAGCCUAAUUUGUCUGACUUUACGUCCACCUGUUCUACGCGAACAGACUUGGCUUUUGUUCUCAGCAGGUCAUACUACUGGGUUUGCUUUUGUCCCACAUUGUUGUAUAUACAUGUUAAUAAAUAAUCACU